AUGGAGAAGACAGUGAGGGUAACACUGGGCACCAAAGGCACUAUUGGACGAACUGGGCAUACAAUGCAAACGGUGUGCCCAGGCGGGCGAGGAGGCGUGAACACUGGGGCACUAGGCGCUUUGGUGCAGAGUGUUGGGGCGUUGGGGAGCAGGUGCUGGGGGCAAGGGUGCAAGGGAGGGGAUGUGGGUGUGCGAGCGCUGAGGCGCGGUGGUCGGGCGCUAGGUGCCGGACUUUCUGGUGUAGGGUGCCUAGACAUUGGGUGCUAG